AUGCUGGAGAAUGCAUCUUUCACCAAUUGCUGCGAGCCCGGUGGGCUGGCACUGCAUCCGGGAUGGCGGGAGGCAGAUGGCCCGCCACCAUCCAGGAGCGCCCGGCUUCCCUGGGUGGCCCCUGCGCUGUCCACGGUGCUCAUUGUCACCACCGCGGUGGACGUCGUGGGCAACCUCCUGGUCAUCCUCUCCGUGCUCAGGAAUCGCAAGCUCCGGAAUGCAGGUAACUUAUUCCUGGUCAAUCUGGCCAUGGCUGACCUGGUGGUAGCCUUGUAUCCCUACCCGCUCAUCCUCCUGGCCAUCUCCACUGGUGGCUGGGCCCUGGGCGAGCUGCACUGCAAGGCCAGUGCCUUUGUGAUGGGCCUGAGCGUCAUCGGCUCCGUCUUCAACAUCACUGCCAUCGCCAUCAACCGCUACUGCUACAUCUGCCACCGCAGGGCCUACCACCGGCUCUGCGGCCCCCGGCACGUCCCCCUCUACAUUGGCCUCAUCUGGCUCCUCACCCUGGUGGCGCUGGUCCCCAACUUCUUCGUGGGGUCCUUGGAAUACGACCCACGCAUCUAUUCUUGCACCUUCAUCCAGACGGCCAGUGCUCGGUACACGGCGGCCGUGGUGGCCAUCCACUUCCUGCUGCCCCUCACAGCCGUGGCCUUCUGCUACCUGCGCAUCUGGGCGUUCGUGCUGCAGGCUCGCAGGAAGGCCAAGGCGGAGAGCAAGCCGCACCUGCGGCCCAGCGACGUGCGCAGCUUUCUCUCCAUGUUCACCGUGUUCGCCAUCUUCGCCGUCUGCUGGGCCCCUCUGAACGGCAUCGGCUUGGCGGUGGCCAUCGAUCCGCAGGCGCUGGCCGCCCGGGUUCCCGAGGGGCUCUUCGUCACCAGCUACUUCCUGGCGUAUUUCCACAGCUGCCUCAACGCCAUCGUGUACGGGAUGCUGAACCAGAACUUCCGCAGGGAGUACGCGCGCAUCAUCUCGGAGCUCUGCGCCCCGCGAGGCUGCCACGCGGCGGCCCUGAGUGCCUCCCACGGCGGCCACGCAGACAGGCUGCCGCGCCGCGCCCCUGCCAUCCUCCCCACGCAGCCCCGUGCCCAAGCCACCACACUCUAG